CAGAUAGAAAUUAAAAGCUGACGACACACCACUGAUACCCAGGCGAAAUACUGCGGUCCAUUCGAAUAAAGAAGGGAGAUCAAAAACUGGAAAAUGGAUCCUUGUGAAUGCGCCAAAACUGGAUCUUGCAACUGCGGUGGAUCCUGCAAGUGCUCCAACUGCGCAUGCACCAGUUGUAAGAAAGCAAGUUGCUGCGACUGCUGUCCCUCCGGCUGCAGUAAGUGUGCUUCAGGCUGCGUGUGCAAAGGCAAGACCUGUGAUACCAGCUGUUGUCAGUGAGGCCUGGUGCAUGACCAUGACAUCACAAUGCAGUCCAUUCCCUAUGACUAUGAAGUUGCCCAUGUGGUUGUACCAUGCUUGAGCAUAGAUUUUGCACUUUGUCAAAUGUAAGGCAAUAAAUUGCAUCUAACUUA